GCCUAGCGGGAAAGGGAGCUUAGGUGAUAUCCUCAUAUUCAAUUAUACCCCAAAGAAACCCCUCUCUCUUUUUUACGCCCAAAGACUAGACAAGUCAGCCUGUUUAGGUGAUACUUCCUAUUCAAGAUAUCUUCCUGUUAUAAGGUCACUGAUUUUCUCAGUCCCCAAUGGUGUAUCUAAGUGUGGAAUUAAAAAUAUUUACAAAGAAACCCCUCUUGUUUUAAGACACACCCAAUAAUAGACAGCUCAAUUUAUGAUAAUUCUUUUUUAAAAUUUGGUCAGCUGGAAAGGGAGCCUAGGUGAUAUCCACCUAUUCAAUUAUACCUCUCAUUAUUAAGGUGGAAUUUUCUCAGCCUCAAGAUUUUAUAUAGAAGUGAGAUCCGACUUUAAUAGUUAAAAUAGUAGGUAAUUAAAAAUUUAUUUUUAAAAGGCAUCCUUCCCGAAUUGGCGAUUCUGGACAUGUAAAUACUGUAAGUGAAGAACCAAAAAUGGUAAUAAUUGAGGGAGAACAAAAUGGCGACGAUUUGGAGACAAAAACAGAAAAUCAAAAUUCAGCAGAAAAAGAGAUUCCUCGGCGUCAAAUGCGUCAUUUAUUGGCUGAUGAAUUUGGUACUGGUCGAAUGGGCCGACAAUAUAAGCGAAUGCGACCUUGCUUUUAUUCGCCUAUUCAGUGUUUAAUGAGAAAAAGGCGAUCGGGAGAAUAA